AUGCGAUCUGGCCGCUCUGUCAGCCGCGGCAGAAGCCAGCCACCAGAGGACAACCACGCCGACGAGCCGCAAACAGAGUUGCAACAAUUGAAUGAAACGAUCGCUGCCCUAAGUAGAAGGAAAGCCGAACUCGAAGAUGUCGUCGAAGACAACGCUAGAAGCCACUCGACCAGACGCCAGGGAAGGAGUCGCGUUGAUGAGUACAUUGAGAGAGAUGUAUAUGACGACGAGACUCCCAGCGAAGGAAGCUACAAUUCUGACGCCGAGAAGUAUCAAUUGACCGCUGAUGCUUCUUCGACAACUGUCGUCCAGCCUGCAAGGAACGCAUUCGGAGAUUCCGGAGGCCAGGGUCCCUCCAGGUCCAGCACUACUACAAAGUCUGGCGGGGCGACCAGUACACGCGGUGGUUAUGUUUCGGAGCCUACCAGAGUUCCAAAAGCCGUACCGGCGCCUACCUUCACUUCGACACAACCCGCAGGCGAGUCGGUCGGCGGUGGACUUCCCGCCCUGAGCUUUAUCAAAGGACCCCAGGACAAGCCCGGCCUUUUGAAGAAGAUAUUUGCAUCCAAGGCAGCAAGUCCAGAGGUUGACAAGGAUGAGGUCCUGGCUCAUAACAUGAGCAUCUUGGUCGGUGGAGUGAUUGCGUUUGCUGGGAAGUAUUUCAAGAAUGAGAUAGCUGCCAAUAAGAGGAAGGCGUUCUUUGAUGAGCUCUUGACACAAGAUAACAAGCACUUGCUCCGUUAUUUGGGUUGCUUGGCCAUUGCUGGGAACCAAGGAGAGAAGUCUUGGGUGAAGCUGCUGACUGAAGAACCCACUCGUGAGGCUCUUGCGGUUGGCGUGCUUGGUCGCGGACUGAAGGAGCAUGUCUUCGCGGAGCUGUGGUUCGGUGGAAGGAGUGCCCAAGUGGCGAAACUGGACAAGCUCGAGAAAGAUGAGGCGUUUGGGAAUCUUGAUGGUUUCUCGCGUACUGAAAAGCGAGCUGAAGUGGUGAAGGCAUUCGUGACUCAGAAGGAAGAGUCUGCCAACAAGUGUGAACUGGAGACUGGCUGCGCAAAGGUUGCGCUUAGUCUGGACACGAUGCUCAAGCCAUUCCUGGAUCCGAAGAAGCCUGGCAAAGCAGAAGAACGCCAGAAAGGACUCUACGACAUCGUCUACUUUGCUGGCAGACUGAGCCGCAUUAUGCGCCAGGCACCCGAUGUCGUCUACUACUGGCCGCCGACCUUCAAGGACGAGGAGUUUGAGCCAUCAAGGAUGGAGGUCUUCAACCUGAAAGACAUGAUACUGAAGUCGCCCUACGAGAAGACGAAAGUCCAGGGCAUCGAGCGUGCCAUUGUGAGGGAGGGUCACAAGGACGACAAUACCGAAGCCAUCGUCCAGAUCGUCUGCUUUCCCGGUCUAGUCGCCUACCGUCAAUAUGGUGGUGGAACAGGCGGGAAGGAGAUCGAAGCCGAGCAGAGUCGCGGAACCAUCAGAGAGCCUGACGAUGUACGCCGUGCCCGAGCAUAUCGGGUGCGCAAUGGGGUUGAGGAAAUUCCAGACCCGAGUUCCCAUGGCUUCCGGUCCAGACUCGUGUGCAAGAGUGUGGUGCAUCUGAUCUGGGGCAAGCAGCGUCUGCUGACCAGAGAAGCCGGCACUUCAGCUCAUAUCGACGCCGUGAGGGAGGGUCCGGCCGGGAUGAAGAAGUACGAGGAGGAUUACAAGGAGUACAAGGAGCUGUAUGACAUCGCUGAGUCACGAUGGGCGCAAGACGAGUAG